AAAUAUUGCUUGGUAAUGUGGAUAAAUGACCAUAUUUUUGCCUAUCUUUAAGGCUGUGUCGCGAGUCAGAGUCGCGCUCGUCCACUUAUUCUGCUUAGUCAACAAAAGUUGAUGUAAAAGUGAUGAAUAUUUUUCGCAAAAGUAGGCUGUACUCCGCCUUAAUUAUAACACUACUCUUUUUAGUUCUACCAAAGAGUUUCCUGCAUUUCUUUCAAUAUUCAUCUGUCAGUUUCUUACUGUCAGUCGGAGUGUUCUGUGGUGGGCUUUUUACCCAUCAAACAUGCACUUUUGACUUGAUUUUUUGCAAUUUUUAUAACAAAUGUAUUUUAUUAUUUUACCUAUACUAUUCGUAAUGUUCGAUUUUUUCAAGAUUUUAAAUAAAUAAUAUUAUGCCCUUGGACUACACUGAUCCAGUGACAUUAAAGUGUAUUAUUGAAAGAAAUGGAUACGAAAAUCGGGAAAGGGUUCGAUGGUUUCUGAAACACAAAGAUGAACAAAUUGCGAGGGCUCAGUUCACAGAACGCCACCAUCAGCGUACAGAAAAUGAUAUACUGAAACAUGAUGUGGAACAUAGCAUCCAAGCGCUGAAGAUUCAACAUGACGAAAACAAUAAGCAUCGGAGGCGUAAGCCACAAUUGGAAACCUACUUGAACCCUCUAGCUGACAAGCCAGAACCUGACGAGCCUGUAAUGAAACCAGUAGAGCAUGAAGUAUCCAACCUUCAUUACAAGCCGUUGACAUUAGGCGGUGGUCGUAAAACAUACCUUUCUGCCCGAAACCUUAAAAUGCCAGAAGACAAGUACAAUUCUUGUCCAACUAGCAGCGUUUAUGGGUGGAGAUUAAACGAUAGCGACCUAACUUAUGGAUUCUCAAAACACUCGAAGUACGACGCUUUCUUCCAUGACUUGUACAGACUGUCUGGGGUCCAUCCCGAUCCACCACACUACGAGCCGCCUACCGAACGUAUAUACAAAAGAUGUGUAGGUUCUGAAUAAUAGAAGAAUACAAUUGUUGUUAAAUUGCCUUCCUCUGUAUUUUCGUAUCAUAAUAUCUGCAAAUAAAGUCUUAGUGGCAAA